UCUGCAACAAAUCUUGUGAAGAUUUUAGUGAAAAAGAUCCAGAGAGGAUAAGAAAAUGUCGAGUAUUAAUGGAGGAAGAAGAUGCGCAGCUUGCAAGUAUUUAAGGAGAAGAUGUUCUGAGGAUUGCAUACUUGCUCCUUAUUUUCAUCCUUCUAAUCCUUAUAGAUUUGCUUGUGUUCAUAAGAUCUUUGGGGCCAGUAAUAUUGCCAGAAUGCUCAAGCACUUACCAGCCCAUAAACGGGCCGAGGCAGCGGACGCAAUGUCUUGGGAAGCUUACUGGCGGGUGCAGGACCCAGUAUACGGCAGCAAUGCAAUCAUAGCCCAUCUUCAGCACGAGAUUCGUAAGGCCCAGAAUGAGCUACAAAUGAUCAAAGCACAGCUCGCCAUUCAUCAGGUAAUCCUGCAACAACACAGUCAGGCCCAGCCCAAUCAACAGAUGCAGGCCCAUCAGGAAGAAGCAUAUCUGGCAUUUGAAGACGAGGCAUUCGUUCUUCCAGAUCUGCCUCAUACAGCUUCGGAUCAAUGUGAAAUUAUAAAUUCAAGAUGUACAGAUGAUGUUAACUAGUAAUUUACUAGUCAGGCCAGCCAAUUUCUAUAAAUUUACAUA